UCAUAAAGAAAUGCCCAAGAGCGUAGCUAGCUAAUAGCUAACAGAAUUAAUUUGGAAAAUAAUAAUAAUAUAUUUUACUUCAGCUAUCUAUCCUAAAACUGUAUUUACUAGAAGAAGAUACACAUUGAAAAACUGCAUUUUACAAGCUUCUUCCUCAUUCAGUGGGGUCAGAGUUCAGUAAAUAUUGGUGAUGUCAUGGUCUGAAGAUGGCUGAAGGAGAAAGCUGUGACGGUUGGUGGGGAGGCUGGCUUCAACAAAGCUUCCAGGCCGUUAAAGAUAAGUCAUCAGAGGCAUACGAAUUUAUAAAGCGUGACCUCACAGAGUUCUCCAACGUGGUGCAACAUGACGCUGCGUGCUCCAUCGUGGCCACAGCAAGCGCCGUUAGAAGCAAACUAGCGGUGGAGGGCUCCUCUGAUACCACAGAGAAGGUGAAGAAGAGCCUAUCCAGUUUCUUAGGAGUGAUAACAGACACCCUCGCUCCUCCCCAGGACAUGACCAUCGACUGUGAUGUCAUCACGCUAGUGGCAACUCCAGCAGGCACCACAGAGGUGUAUGACAGCACCAAGGCUCGUCUCUACAGUCUGCAGGCUGACCCUGCUACAUACUGCAAUGAGCCUGAUGGUUCCCUAGAACAGUUUGAUGCGUGGCUCUCCAGCUUCAGCCUGGAGGAGAGGAAAGGAGAGAUCUCUGACCUCCUGGUCAACACCCCCUCUAUCAGGGCCCUUUACACCAGAAUGGUGCCAGCAGCUGUAGCCCAUUCUGAAUUCUGGCAGCGGUAUUUCUACAAAGUCUUUCAGUUGGACCAGGAGGAGGCCAGGCGAGUGGCCUUGAAGCAGAGAGCAGAGCAGACUUCCCACACAGAGGCUCUGGGCUGGGAGGAGGAGGAUGAAGAUGACUUCCUUGGCGCCACGUCUUCAUCUCGCCUGGACUUCACGCCCCCAUUGGACGACCCUGCUACCCAGCUGUCCCCACUUACACCAGUCACAAUGGCGACGACCCCACUCAGCCCCAUCCCAUCUCCGAGCGGGGAGCGCUCCUCUCCCCUCUCCCUGAGCAGCGACAGCGGCAGCCUGGCCACCCAGGUGGAGGUGAAACCAGCCAGGCCACAGCCUGCAGUCGUGGAGCUGUCCCAGAAACUCAACAGGGCCAGCCUGGAGGAGAAAAAGCCAGAGGGGCAGCAGGAGGGGCAGCAGGAGGAGGAGAAGAGGGUUCAGUUAGAGGCCCCAGCCCAGCCUGAGCCCACAGAGAAGGCUACAGCUGAGAGAAUAACAGUCCAGGCCCCAGCUACCACAGUCCAGGCCCCAGCUACUACCAUCAGACCAGAGACCGAGGGGCCCCAGGACCUGAGGGUGUUUGAGCUCAACUCUGACAGUGGGAAGUCUACACCUUCAAACAAUGGCAAGAAAGGGUCCAGCACAGAUGUCAGUGAGGACUGGGAGAAGGACUUUGACCUGGACAUGACAGAAGACGAGGUCCAGAUGGUGCUCUCUAGAGUUGAGGCUACAGGAGAGCUGGAGGAGGACUGGGAGAACUGGAACUGAUGAUUGCUGUGGCGUACUGUUUCUAUCCCGCCUUUAAAGCGAGUUCUCAGCAGACGAACCAUGCUUAACGUGUUUUACCUCUGUCCACGCCGUCACCGUGUCAGUUUGUUCCUAGGGGAAUGGCCCUUUGGUUUGGACCAUGUUGCUGAAGGCGCUAGCAUAGCAAUGGCAAUCCAAGACAAUACGAUUAGAGCCAAGGCACCAUCAGCUGUCAGUUUGUGCAUAUAGGUUUCAAUGCUGAUUUACUCAGUCUUUUUGGUUAUUUCUUGAAAGCUGCUGCUCCCUCUCUAUCUUCUGAAAUGCCAUUAAGUACAUGUAAAUUGUUGCUAGUGAACUUCUUCAAAGUUAUGAGUGGCAGGAAUUAUUACUUCACUUUAGGCUGAAGAAUAGCCAUUAAACUAUAACGCUGCCUAUCACCUUUCAUGAGAUGAAAUUCUUCAUGUGAUUUAUUGAAUGGUGAAUAUAUUGAUUUAAACUUUAAAAAAAGAAACUAACUCAUCUAUCUUAUGCAAGUGAAUAUUCAUAAGGGAACAUAUUUUGGAUUCACUCCCAACCCCAGAUACAUAUGACCUUGACAGACCAGCAAUAGUGUGGACAAGAUAUCCAAAUGUUUUCUCACACAUUUGCCAUUCUGUCUGUUUUCAUCCCUGCCCUGCUAAGUAAUUGACCUGAACAUAUCAGCUCUUCUGUGACCUCCAUGGGCCAAGUUUACGCUUUAUUUCCUGUCUCUGCUACAAUAAUCUAUUAUUCGAUCAGUCCACGUUUAAUAUUAUUCUGGAUGGGUAAGGGUCUCAUUUAUUGUUAAUCGUCAAAAGAGAAGAUGAUAAUGACGCAAUAAAGAGGCUGCAAAAUG